ACAUAUCAUAUGGUUUAAGGGCAGCGGAACUAGCAGUUGGAGAAUUAUUUACAUCUCUCGUUUUGUUUAAAUCAUUUAAAAAUUACGAAUAAAGUGGAAACAUGGGUCGCGCUGAAGUUGGUACGCCCAAGUACUUGGCCAACAAGAUGAAGGCCAAGGGCUUGCAGAAGCUGCGCUGGUAUUGUCAGAUGUGUGAGAAACAGUGCCGCGAUGAAAAUGGCUUUAAAUGCCAUACAAUGAGCGAGUCGCAUCAGCGCCAGCUGCUUCUCUUUGCGGAUUCGCCUGGCAAGUUUCUGCACAACUUUUCCAAGGAGUUCUCCGAUGGCUAUAUGGAACUGUUGCGUCGUCGCUUUGGCACCAAGCGCACGAACGCUAAUAAAGUAUAUCAGGAGUACAUUGCACACAAGGAGCACAUUCACAUGAAUGCCACUCGCUGGCUGACGCUCUCUGACUAUGUCAAGUGGCUUGGACGCACUGGACAAGUGGUGGCUGAUGAAACGGAAAAAGGAUGGUUUGUCACCUACAUUGAUCGCAGUCCGGAGGCUAUGGAACGCCAAGCGAAAGCCGAACGCAAGGAGAAAAUGGAAAAGGAUGACGAAGAGCGUAUGACCGAGUUUAUUGAAAAACAAAUUAAGAAGGCAAAGUCCAAAGAAGGCGAGGAUGAUGAAGCGCAAGAGAAGUACACCGAACUGAAACGUGAAGAGGAACAACCCCUAAAGCUGGAUAUAAGAUUAGAAAAAAAGUUUCAGCCGGAGUCGAUACUGGGUAAAUCAGCGUUGCUCACAAAACGACCAGCCGACCAGCCAGAUGAAAAAGUCUUUAAAAGACCCAAGCCAGUUCCGGUCGAGUCUAGCAGGUCAGCGCUAGAUGAGAUCAUAAAACAGGAGGAGAUGAAGAAGGAACGUGCAAAUCGCAAGGAUUACUGGCUCCACCCGAAUAUAGUAGUUAAAUUCAUCUCUAGCUCCAUGGGCGAUAAGUUCUACAAACAGAAGGCUGUGGUCCAGGAAGUUAUUGAUAAAUAUCGUGCAAAAAUUAAAUUCUUGGACAGCGGGGAAAAGUGUAAAGUUGAUCAGGCUCAUCUGGAGACCGUGAUACCUGCCUUGGGAAAAGAAGUGCUUGUAGUAAACGGCGCCUACAGAGGAUCAGAAGCUCUGCUAAAAAAGCUAAAUGAAAGCAAAUAUUGUGUUACCAUAGAGAUAUUGCACGGUCCACUAAAAGGACGAAUUGUAGAGAACGUGCAGUACGAAGAUAUUUGUAAAAUACAUGGCACGUAGUAGUAGUAAAGAGAUAAAGUUA